AUGCGUUCCUCCACUGUUCUCGCCGGUCUGGCGACUGUGCUUGCCCCGUUGGCUUCUGCCCACACUGUCCUCACUACCGUUUUCGUCAACGAUAUGAACCAAGGAGAUGGUACCGGUAUCCGUAUGCCCAUCGAUGGCAGCACCAGCACCUUUCCCAUUAUCGACAUGAACAGCAACGACAUGAUCUGUGGCAGAGAUGGCCUCAAGAAGGUCGGCUACACUAUCCCCGCCACCGCCGGCUCAAAGAUGAGCUUCGAGUUCCGCGCCUACGCCGACGGCAACAAGCCCGGCUUCAUCGACGAUUCGCACCAAGGUCCCGUAGCCGUCUAUGCCAAGUCCGUCUCCGACUUUGACCAAAACCCUGGCGGCUCCGGCUGGUUCAAGAUCUGGCACGAGGGCUACGACGAGUCGACCAAAAAGUGGGCGGUCCAGAAGAUCAUCGACACCAACGGCAUCCUCAGCAUCAGUGUCCCAGAUGGCAUGCCCACGGGCGCCUACCUGUUCCGCACCGAGGUGACCGCCAUGCACAACGUCACCAGCAAAGGCGAGAGCUGGGUCGUCGAGCCCCAAUUCUACGUCAACUGCGCCCAAGUCUAUCUCCAGGGUUCCUCCUCCGGCCAGCUCUCCAUCCCCAAGGACAAGGAAGUCUCCAUCCCCGGCCACGUCCACCCCUCCGACAAGGGCCUCUGGUUCAACAUGUACGAGAUGCCGAGUCCGGUUAACUACGUGAUCCCUGGCCCCAAGCCCUUCCGCCCUACCACUUCUGGCAAUGCCAACGUUAAAGCAGCCCUCGCCAUGCCGACCAACUACCCCGGCGCCGUGCCCAAAGAGUGCAUCCUCAAGAACGGCAACUGGUGCGGCUUCGAAGUUCCUUCCUACACGAACGAGGACGGAUGCUGGGCGGCCUCGGACAACUGCUGGAAGCAGAGCAACACGUGCUUCGACGUCGCUCCCCCCUCGGGCCAGAAGGGGUGCCACGUCUGGGAGAAGGAGAAGUGCCAGGUUAUUCAGGACUCAUGCUAUGCGAAGCAGUUCACCGGCCCCCCGAACAAGGGCAAGGUGUGGGGAGAUGUGACGGUUCAGACGAGCGUCAAGGUGCCGGGCGUGAUGAAGGGCGCGGAUUUGGUUGAGGAUUCGGUUGGGUCUGGUACUGAGUCCGCUGCCCCUGUUGUUGACGACAAGGCUGGAAACAACAACGUCGUCAGACCAGUUGACAACAGCAACGUCAACAUCCCCGCCGCUACCACUUUCAUCACCGCCUCUGCUCCCUCUGUCCCUACCAAGUCUGUCACCACCGUCCCUGCUGCCGCUGCCACCACCGCCGCCGCUGGCGCUGGUAAUGGUGAGUACGACAACGGCUCCGAGUCCGAUGACGAGGACGUCGUCCAACUCCAGCCCUCCACCACCGUCUUUAACACCGCUACUAUUCCACAUCCCGCUGCUGCUACUGAGACUCACUCCAUCAGGUGCGGCAGGGGUGGUAAGAAGCAGAAGAGGAGGAUGCAUAUCAACAGACAUAAGAGGGCGGAUUUCUAA